AUGACAGCGUGGCACCGCUGCGAAAUACGCGUGCAGCGGAGGGGGUGCUGUGCCAUCCAUCCGCGGUUCGGUGGCGUGGCUCGGGGAAAUUAUUACAAUCAAGGAGAGAUUCGCAAGAAAGAACUGGAACAGAGUUGUUUUCUUCUGGGGAUUCCUGCUUCCGAUGUAACAGUCCUUGAUCACAGGGAUCUUCCAGAUAAUCCUGCUGUUGAAUGGGACACACAACUCCUCACAGCCUUUGUGCUAAAGCAUAUAGAAGCCAAUAACAUCAACCUGGUGGUAACCUUUGAUGCAGGAGGAGUGAGUGGUCAUGCUAACCACAUUUCUCUUUACGCUGCUAUAAGGUACCUGCAUUCAGAGCGGAAGUUACCUGAAGGGUGCCGUGUGCUCCUGCUUGAAUCAGUGAAUCUCUUCCGGAAGUACAUCUCCGUGCUGGAUGUACCCGUUUCCUGCCUCCUGCCCAGAGAUGCACUCUUCAUACUCACAGAGGAGGAGACUGAACAAGCCAGGAGAGCCAUGCGGUGUCAUCGCAGCCAGCUCCUCUGGUUUCGCCACAUCUAUAUGCUUUUCUCACGUUAUAUGAUGAUCAAUUCACUCCGUCUUCUGUAAAAGAAACGCCGCUCACAAAUUCAGGAGUAAAAGAAUGAGCAAAAAAAAGACCGUGUCAGGCCAAGGACUAAAGAAAACUCACCUGUUACGUGCUCAAGAGGACAGGAUUCUCUUUGUGUAGCAUUCUCUCAGACUACAAAAAACAGGCUGUAUGAACUUGCUUCUGAAUAUCUUGUUGCCUGAUACAUUAAGAUGAACAGGGUUUAACAACUACUCUAUUUUCUCACUGUAGAAGCUUAAAUAGGAUAAGAAAUUUGGAUUAACCUAAUUAGGAGUAAAAUGCAGGAGUAUUCUGCAUUGGAGAAGAUAUGGCACAAACUGUUUUUUCCCAAGAGGAUAUAGCUGCGAGGACUGCUUGGCAACUAUCUCUUGGUGCUUUUGUAAAAUCCAAGUAUCAGGAGUGACUUUUCAAAGAUCAUGCUAUCGCCACAGAUAAAACCAGAACCACAAGACCUGUCUUAAUUCAGUCAGAACUUUAAAAAGCCAAAGCUUAUGAAUAAAACAUCAGAAAUCAUACAAAUUUCUCUAAUUGCACUGAUCUUUGCUGCUACUGCUGCU